CUGUGUGCAUAAACUGUGUUUCUAGUUCAGGUCCGCAAUUGAGUUCACCUACCGGGCUAAUAAUAGUGCAACUGAGUAUAACAACAACGGUUAUAUAGUAAAAUGACUUCUAUUCUAAGGAGACUGUCGCCAUCGUUUCUACAAAAGUUAAAGACGGGAUCAAAAAGGAGAAGCCUUGCAGUAUAUAUACAGCGAUUUCAAAGAUCAACUGAUGUUUCCCAAAAUGGUAGACGGGAGAAAAUGAAAUUGGGCGUAUUGGGUUGUGGACGAAUUGCCUUCUUACAUGUACCAAACAUUCUAAGUAUUCCUGGCUUGGAAAUAAGCUGGAUACUAGAUAACAACGCCGACCAGAUAAGCGCUCUAAAAGAGAAUUUCUAUCUAGAAGAUGUUCAAUCUUACGGCACUUCUGAUUUCGAUAGUCUUCUGGAUGAUAACACCUUAAAUGGAGUUGUUAUUUUAUCUUCAACGAAUACGCAUACAGAUUAUACAUGUCGAGCUUUGAAGAAGGGUAAAGCUGUAUUUGUCGAGAAACCUGCUGGUGAAUCAGUAGAAGAUAUAGAGUUAUGUUACAAUACAGCCCAACAAUACAACACUCCUUUAUUAACUGGAUAUAAUAGACGCUUUGAUCCAACUUUCUCUAGUCUUCAGAAAUCCUUUCAUGCUGGUGAUAUUGGUGAUCCAGUAUUUAUUAAACUUACGUCAAGAGAUUGCCCAAGACCAUCUUUAGACUUCCUUAAGAAUUGUGAUACAACUGGUUGCAACAUAUUGUCUGAUCUAGGCAUCCAUGAUAUUGAUACGUUGGUUUGGUUGACGAAGGCUGAACAACCUGAAAGUAUAUUUGUUCAGACACAUGCCCAUGAUGAAGUAAUGAAUAAGAUGGGUGUGGAUGACGCACUAAUGAUGAUGGUGAAGUACAAGUCCGGGCUGAUUGCAUCUAUAGAUGUUGUCAGAGAUUCUGUUUAUGGAUAUGAUAUCAGAGUAGAGAUCUUUGGCAGUGGCGGGAUGUUGUCAGGAGAUCCACAAAGAGAAGUAUCGCUAAGGACGGACCAAGCAGGAAAAUGCAAUACGUCAUCAUUAUUGUACAGUUUUAAUCAACGAUUCAGCCAGGCCUAUCGUAAUGAAAUCGAGCAUUUCAUACGCUGUAUAGAAGGGACGGAAAAACCAUUGAUAACAGCAAAGGAGAGCGUGCUGACAGCAAGGAUUAUUGAAAAGGGACUGGAGUCAUGGAGAAAUAAAACAGUUGCAUAUUUUUAGCGUGUCUUCCCGAAUUAUGAAUACACAUUAUAAUAAUAUCAAUUGUCAAUUGUUCCCAGCUGAUAUUACCCAACUUAAAAUUGAAAUGAUUAUAGAAAUUUUAUUUCUUUUGUAAAGGUAGAAGAUGCUACAAAUGGAAGCAUGUAUCAAAUUUUCAAUCAUUGGAUUUAUUAUCCGCUUUGUCAUUUCUAGAGAAUUGCAUUGUCAAUUUUUCCCAGCUGAUAUUACCCAACUUAAAAUUAAAGUGAUUAUAGAAAUUUACUUCUUUUGUAAAGGUAGGAGAUGCUACAAAUGGAAGCAUGUAUCAAAUUUUCAAUCAUUGGAUUUAUUAUCCGCUUUGUCAGUUCUAGAGAAUUGCAUUUUCUUAUUUAUUUUCACGGUUCAGAUUGAAAUGUGUAGCCAACUGCAUAAAAUUAUGCCUUAAAUUUUAAAAAGGUGCUUUCCGCUGGUCUAGACAGGGUCAAUUAAUAAUUUAACCUUCAAGUUAAAAUGUUUGUAAAGAAGGUUGAAAUAAGUGUCAAAAAUGCACAGGUGUGUUUUUUGUUCAGAGUUGUCGACCUUGGGUUAUUCAUGUUUGAUGGGAAUAAACCCAAAGCAUAUAUUUGAAAAAUAUAUAUAUGUAUACAAGUUUGAAAUAGAAAUUUCCAGGUAUAUCUACAUUCUUUAUAACAGAUAUUUAAAUCUAAGUUCAUCUGGAUAUGAAAUUAAAAAAUUCUUAAAACUUUUA